AUGGCAUUGGUGCAAAGUGAGUGCCCAUUAUUGGCAGGCGCCCACCUGUUCGGCCCAGCCAUCACUAUGGAUGAUUUGUUGAGAUGUUGGCCGAGUCCGCUGGCCCCAUAUAGUAUGAAGCAUUGUCAGGUUCGUCAGGGCUUCGAGCAUGGGGAGGGUGACAACUUCAAGAAAGUCGUUGAUUUUUUGAAAGUUCGGAAGGACAUGCCCAAUGUGAGGGAUCAGGUACAUGCUGUCUGGCUUUGUUUCCCAGUGUCCUUGUCUAAAGGUGAUCGUUUGUUCGAGGCUGGGGUGGAGGAGUUAUUCCAUAUGAAGUCCAAAGGAGAACUUGGCCCUGAGCAGGUUGAAUAUGGUAACAAUCUAGAGUUCCACAAACACAACAAAUAUCUGGAUCGGGAAACCCGAAAUGCACGUCUUGCUGAGGAGACAGGAGCAAAGUUUCAAGAAUUGUGUGUUGGUCCCUUCGAAAAGGCCGUUGGUAAAGACAUUCCGCACAUCGCCGUCUCAACCAAUGAAAAAUACAAGGUUACCAGAAAGAUGUUGAACGAGCUUGUCCGUCUCACUGCUGACUGUGUUAAAAACUCCCUGGCGGUCGAUGUUGCUGAAGAUGUUGCGCUGGUCACCGCCAUCGCCCAACACGUGAAUCCAGCUGUGAAGAUUGAUGCAGUGAUUGCUUGGGAGGAAGCGUAUGGGUCUUCCAAUGUGUCCCUCAGUGAAAGUCCAACUAAUCUACCCUCUCUUUUGUGGAACAUUCAGGAUGAUUGCGGGGUAAAUAUUUCAACAUCACUCCCUCUUCUCACUUAUGGUUAUGGCUAUCCCAACACAAUAUUGGGUUUAACUGCACCUGCUGCUCCCAUUGUGAUUCCUAUUGUUGCGGGUCUCUUGCUGGCAAAAUGGAUUUUCGAUGUGGCACUCAUGCUACAACGUUUAAUGGCAUACAUCAUUGACUUCACAAUUAUUAUGCAAAUAAUUUUUGGCCUCCUGGUGAAUGCCCGUCUGCGCCUUUCCCGCCGCUUGAUCAAGCUCGUCUUUAAGGCCUACAGCAUUUCAGAUGAAAGGAGCAAAGUUCACAGGGAGAUUAAGGAAUAUGUGAAGCUGGCAGGCCGCUUUGACCGGGAUGCAACUCUGGCGAAGAUCAUCCAAUUGAUCAAGGAGUAUCAGAUGAAACCCGAGAGUAUGGAGGAGCUACAAAGUGCAGUUAAGGCCUUCGAGAACAAUGAGGACGAGGAUUGGGGCAUAGGCAAAGCAUGA